UUUAAAAAGACGAUGGAAAAGGAUACAUGCUUAAUGCUAAGAGAAGAAGAAAUAAACAUAUUCCUAUAUAGAGUACUAAUAAGCCUUUGUCUGGAAUCACAUUUCUAGAAGUGCUUUUAAGAUUUUUGAACAACUAUUUCUUCUUUUUUCUUUAUUUAAUAAAAAUAUAAAAUAAAAAUAAAAAACUUUUUCUUUUUUCUGAAUAGCUAUUCCAACACUCCCAUAAAAUAAUUUAUAAUAUUCAAUAAUAAUCCCAAAUAGAUUCACACUUUAUUUGGUAAAUAAAUAAAUAAAAAAAAAGAUAGUUAAUUCCAUAACCAUAAUUAAACUUAUAAUAAAAUUGAAAGAAAAGGAUGCCCUUUCAAUGAUUUUAAUGACUCCAAAACAAGGAAACAACCCUACCUUAUUAGCUCAUCCAAGAACCAAAUCAAAAUCCCAAUCAAUCAAAUUAAUUAAAUUAUAAAUAAAAUAUUUGAAGAUAUGACCCUAAUUAAUUAUUGAUUAAAGGGGGUUUAGUCAAAUUCAAAUAGCAAUAGUAUAAAGUAAAAGCAGUAAAAAUCCACUUCCUCUCCUCCUCCUCCUCUUUCUCUUUCUCUUUCUCUUUCUCUUUGCCCUUUCUCUAUAAUCUCAAAUUCCCUCUUUUUUUUCUCUUAUCUAAUAACACCUCUAAAUUCUAAUCUUACGGGAAAGGAUAUGUUAUAGCCCUCUCUCAUAAACGGCGUAACGGGGCUUUCCCUCUAAACGCCGUUACUUCCCUUAAAACCGUUUUCUUCAGUCACGUGCCCUUUUUUUUGUUUUUUUUUUUUUGUUUUUCAAAAUUAAUCCAUUUUCAUUUUCUUUUAAUUAUGGCUUUACAGCAGCAAUUUAACUUAACCUCGAAUACCGUUGACGGCGAUACCACUAACGGCGUUGACAACACCCGGCCUGCCUCUAUCGACGGCGCAGAUGACGGCAGCAAAACCCCCAGACUCCCUCGCUGGACUAGACAAGAAAUUCUCGUACUCAUCCAAGGCAAAAAAGUGGCUGAGAAUCGGGUUAGAAGAGGACGGACGGCGGGUAUGGCCUUCGGGUCGGGUCAGGUAGAACCGAAAUGGGCAUCGGUUUCAUCCUACUGUAAAAGACAUGGAGUGAACAGAGGACCUGUUCAGUGUAGGAAGAGAUGGAGCAAUUUAGCAGGUGAUUAUAAGAAGAUAAAAGAAUGGGAAAACCACAUACGCGAAGAAACGGAGUCGUUUUGGGUCAUGAGGAAUGAUUUGAGAAGAGAGAGAAAGUUGCCGGGUUUUUUUGAUAGGGAAGUUUUCGAUAUUCUGGAUGGAGCUGGCGGUGUUUCUGCUGCACCAGCGACGCCAGGCCUCGCUUUGGCAUUAGCUCCGGCCACGGAGGACUCGGAGGCGGUUUUUGACAGCGGGAGGACUGCGGCGGCUGAAGAUGGACUAUUUUCCGAUUUUGAGCAGGAGGAUGCUGGUGGGAGCCCGGAAAAGGAGGCGGUUAAGGAGGCUCCUCCAAUAAAGGCGGCAGCAACGGGGGGGAUUGCUGCUCCUGUACCAAUUUCAGAGAAGCAGUAUCAACCUGCUGUACGAACAGAUCAAAGUCAAGGUGCAACAAAUGAGAAACAGCCACCGUCAAAUCCUGAGAUGGGUUCUGGUUUGCAUGAGAGUAGGAAACGAAAACGGUUCGGGACAACUGAUGGGGAUGAAGAAACAACAACUCUACAGAAUCAGUUAAUUGGUGUCUUGGAAAGGAAUGGUGAGAUGCUGACGGCUCAACUUGAAGCUCAGAACACCAAUUUUCAAUUGGACAGGGAGCAACGGAAGGACCAAGCAAAUAGCUUGGUUGCUGUUCUUAAUAAGCUUGCAGAUGCCCUUGGAAAAAUUGCUGAUAAAUUGUAGCAAAAGGCAAUCUGAAGAUUGUACAUAGUGAAGCUUCUUUGCUAGUCCCAUAGAAGGUAGUUGAGGUCGAAGUAUUGGUGAAUUAACUUUGAAGAUUUUUCUAGGACCACAUUCAAUAUGGCUUUCAAAUUCUUUUCUUUUUUCCUCUUUGUUUCAUCCCCUUCUCUAAAUACUUUCUUUUACCUUUCGCCACUUUAGCGGCCUAGUGCGGCUAUAGGAUUCACACAUACAGAAUAAAGUUAUAGAUUGUAGGGUACAUACCACAUUUCUGCUUCUUUAAUUUACUCGAGAGUUUAUAUGGAUGUUAAUUCCCCAUUCAUGAUCGGGAGAUUUGUACAGGUCAUCGAUUAUAUACUUGUCUUUGGAUUAA